CGGUAAACCAGCACGCGAAGAAGACGUACGCGCAAUCGCUCCGUGAGCCUGUCCUCCACAUGCUCGGCGUAUGUUGGAACUACGUAAUAUCUGGAUCGCUCAGCCCGCCGCCGUAAUUCGGCGCCAAGUGAAAGUGUACGCCUAGCACUUGAUCUUACACCGCUUACAGCCCGGUGUGAUCGUGUGGAUUCCGUUUAGUUAGAAGAUUUAGCCUACAGUUCGUCGAGUGGGUUUUUUUCCCGAACAUCGAUGCCCAGUACUUCUGGUGUCGCUGUGCCUUGUUGAACCUGAGUACCCGUGAGCACAGCCGGAAUCGUGCGAAUGUUAUCGAAGAACCUGAUCGAUCGUGUUAUCAAUUUGUGUGAUUGAUGGUUGUAGAGCGUAAACCGUUCGUGUGUUACAAAGUUGGUGUGUGUGUUUUAUUUUUAUCCUGCCGGUGUUCAGUUGUGUGUACAUUUCCCAAAGCCGUACGAUGGUAUGCCAAACUAAUUGCAAGAUCGGAUGGUAAAUAAUAAGUGAUAAGUGGCUUAAAUCGUUAUCAAGUGUUUAAUGCUACACACGGUAGACCAAGCCGGGGAAUCAGUCCGAUCGCUGCUCUGCUUUUGGAGGCUCUAAACUCAUCCAUCCAUCCAUCUAUCUACGCGCCACGCGUUUCUGCAUCGUGUGUUGAAGUUUUGUGUGAUUUAUGUUCUUACAUUUCCGACACUAAUCGUAAGGCGAUACUCAUUACCGGUUUGCACAGUGGCAUUAGUUUCGUACCGGGCCGGAAGCUGAUUACGCUAUCGGAUGUGCAAAUCGACCGAUUGCUUAAUUCGUACAUGGUAAUGAGAGUGGCGUGUGUGACUUGCAGCUAAGCCGGUUCGAGACAGUGAUAGAGUGCCGUGUGUCUGUAUCUGUGGAUAGUAUCGGUUAUGUUGUCUCAGUGCACCCUGACAGCAUAACGUUAGUGUUGCUGUAGGUUCGUUGGGUACUUACUCGUGUCUAUCUGGGUGAAGUGAGUGCGAAUUGUGUAAGUGAACAAUAAGCCUAGAACACAAAGCCUGUUCCUGCGUGGAUCGUUAGCGAUCUCGCUGGUAGGAGCAUCCGGUGUGGACAUCGUUUUAUGGAUACAGCAGGAGAUCAAAUAGUACCGUCCACAAGCUUUUGGGUAAUGCAGUCACCAGAAUUAGAAUUUCGGCAUGAGCUGAUGGGGCGCAUAAAUAAAUUGGAAACCGAUGUCGAGCUGGACGUUGUACCGGGCAGUCAGCAUCAUCCAUCAUCCAGCUCGCCACUGUCGUCGUCGGGAUUAUCGAGCUACACCGGCCAGAACUACGACCACUAUGGGAAGGAGUUUUUCUUCGGCAACAAACAUCGAGACAUGCUGUGCACGGAAGCGGAAGAUUCUUUUCUUCGGCCACCGCUGUGGGAGGACAUCACCAGCUCGAUACAGAACAUCGACCCCGAGAAUGCUAUCAUGCUUGGCACCAUGAACGGCAUACCGCAGGUCAAGAUGGAAGCCGUCGACGAUCCGUUCCUGGAACCGUUGUCCUCGCCCUUGCUCAGCCCGCUCGAGAUCAAAACCGAAAAGAGCAACCUACUUGCGCAGAGCGCCACCAACCAUAACAACAACCUAAGCCAUCUGCACAACAACAACAACAACAACAGCAUCCACCAAAACCAUAUGCACAGUGACGUCACCAGCUGUCACACGAAUAGCAACAACAAUAGUAACACCAAUAGCAAUAAUUUCCUCUCGAACAAUGGGACCGGCUACGCGCACAGCAUCACAGCAGCUCAUGGUCAUCCCAAUCAGCACAAUCUCAAUGGCUAUCUAGCUGGAACGAAUGGGAGUGGUUCUAGUCUGCAGCUUCUCACUAAUCACCCACCUCAGCAGCAGCAGCAGCAGCAGCAGCAUCAUCAGCCUCAACAGCUUCAGCAGCAUCAUCAACUACAGCAUCCCCACCAUCAGCAGCACCAGCAGCCGCAUCACCAUCAGCAACACCAUCCACAUCAGCAGCAUAUGCAGGUGAAUCAGAACAAUAACUACUAUCACUGGCAGCCUCAACAGCAUCAAGGUCCGGCCGGCGGAACGGCUACCCUUAGUCAACCUCCUGGACCGAUGUACCAUAGCAAAUAUGGCGCAACGCAAGGCUCCAAUGCAUGUGCAACACCUAUUUCGAGGCUAAUGUACGUCCCGCCGCUAACUCCACCGAACUCGGAUCCCGGAAGUCCCGGGAACAAUCUGCAGAAUCCUCCACGUAGAACUCCACCACCACCGUAUCAUCAGCAGCAACAGCAGCAGCAGCAGCAGCAACAACAGCAGCAGAUUGCUCUGCAAGGAAAUCAUAUCCAUCAUCACACGCACGGUGGUAUGGUAGGUGCACAAACGGUGACGGGUCCGACCACCACACAGCUACUCCAGCAGCAGCAGCAGCAGCAGCUACCCCAAACCCCGGUGUCAAUGUCUCAACCAACGCAACCAAAUCCAAUUACGACCAACGGUUCCCUCCAUCCAUUGCCGGCGAUUCCGAAUCCGAUCGGUGCGCUUGCAGCGGCUUCCGGUACGAGCAACGGAACCGGACCACCACCACCACCACCACAACCAUCGAUAUCCGCCGGUCGUAAUGGAUCUUCCUCGCGCGGUUCUAGUUCCAAGCGGCAAGGUUCCGCGCACAGCAUCAACAGCGUGCUCAGCAGUGCCGGUGUCGUGAAGCACAUCGUGGGCCGGUACAACCGUCGCAACAAUCCCGAGCUGGAGAAACGACGAAUACACCACUGUGAUUUUAUCGGUUGCACAAAGGUGUACACCAAAAGCUCGCAUCUGAAGGCCCAUCAACGAAUUCAUACUGGUGAGAAGCCGUACACCUGCCAGUGGCCAGAGUGCGAGUGGCGUUUCGCAAGAUCCGACGAGCUGACGCGCCACUACCGCAAACACACCGGCGCCAAACCGUUCAAGUGCAUCGUCUGCGAGCGCAGCUUCGCCCGCAGUGAUCACUUAGCGCUUCACAUGAAGCGGCAUUUACCAAAAAAUAAGUAAUAGCUGAUAAGCGGAUUUGAAGUUUGUACAUUGGUUCUCGCUUCCCAUUAGCUAUUCGGGUGCUCGGCUAAGAAUAGGUCAACGAAAAACGGGCAGCCAACCAAGGGGAGCACAAGACACACAACAAGAAGUAUGCUUUCCGCACCUCAAACGUUUUGGGACGCAGAAGAGAAAAACCUUCUGUUUUUUCCGUUAACAUAUUUUUCUACCCACAAUCAAGUAGCGGUUUUCUGGUGUUGACACAUACUUUUCACGUGCGUAAAAGAUGCUAAUGCCCGUUUAGACAUUCUACUCCUCCACCGAAUUCACCACAUAAGCGACUCUAGUGCAGCUCACGUCAUCGAUGGUGUUAAUUAUGUACUUUCCAAUGUGUCUCUCCAAAUCCAAGUACAGCACUAUUCAAAGGAACUGAUCUCCGCAACGCAACGGAACUGGCCACCCGCACCAUAACCAUAGCUUCCGUACCGAAAUUCAAACGAUAACAGUUUCCUUCAAUAUUUGACCAACGAUGCGCCAUCAGACCGCCACAGCUAACGGAUUCCUUCACCCAAAAAAUUUUGCGCCUGACAACAUCUCGCCUUUUGGGUAACAAAUUAACAAUUUCAUGAAAAACGCCAGCAGAACAAUGAGCCAGUGGCCACUUUUCCACACCCACUGAAAACAUAUUUGGGAAAACCCCAACAGGCACCACGUAAAGUGCGUCCGUGGUUCCGGAGAUUUAACAAAACCUUCACAACGAAAGAUCGCCCACAGCUAGCACUCGGCAUCCGGAACACCGCAACGCCCACGAUCGCGAGCAAACAGACCGACAAUUCCGGAACAAUUAACUGGAACUGGAUCGUUAAUUUCUUGCUCAAAUUGGCUCUAAACUCCGGCUCAGGGCUCGGGCAAACACGGCCUAAAUACAGUCGAAAUUGCCUGUGCACACCUACGAAUUAACGAAAAAUUUCUCUCAAACAAACAUUUACACCCGUCGAACGGUCUGAGUCAGCAUGCAUGCAAAAUGCAUACAAAUGAGCGUUAUUCAAGUUACAGAAGUCAGCCUGAGGUUCAAGAUUUACUUCCCCAAGUCUAGAUGUCAAAGCCGCUCUUUUAUCGUUCAUUUAGGCAUCAACAAAUCCUGCAAAUAGUAUUUUAAACUUUAUGUAUGUAAUUAGGUGCAAUUAUUUAACUAUUUAAAGCCUGCCGUCUGCUGCAGAAAGCUCUUUUCUUUUUAAAAAAAAUAUGACAAAACGGAAACAAUUCCCCUUGCGAUGGGUAGAAUUGAUUUUCUCAUAGAAAAUUUUCCUACACAACAAACUGAUCUCAAAGCUUUGUUUCGAAACUUACCGAACCAUUAUUACAAAAUUAUUAUCUCUCUCUCUACAACUCCUGGCAUCUCUCUCUCUCUCUCUUUUGCUCUCUUGCAAACUGUCGCCUCCCCCCCAUCCAUGGCCUUAUUUCUUAUUACGUAUUAGCUAGUACAUAGGUAUUCCUUACGCCGUAUUUAAAGUUUGGUUGCUGUAUUCCUCCUCAAAAGUGCUACCAAAAGGUUGGGGAUUUGCUAGCAAAAGCAUCCCCAAAUGUUACCACUGUGCACUUUAUUUAUCAGAACGGAUCUUCGUACUAGGCGAGCUACCGGAGCUCAAAGCAGAAAAUCACGUGAUUUUGUUUUGUUUUUUUUUUAAUUUCUCUAUACAAUUCAACCAGAAUAGCACCAGCACUUGCGUGAUCCUACUAAGUAAUGAGUAUAAUAAUAAUAAUUGCAGCGUGUUUAUUUUUGUCCAUCCUGUCUUCUACAUACCUUCCUGUAAAUAAGCUUAAAUGUAUGAGUUCAGUAAAGAAGUGAAAAUCGUUUGUCGAGGCUCCCAUAUCAACGAGUGUAUCAUGUUCGUCGAGUAGAAAGCCAGGCUCUUGUGUUCUUAAGUUGCCAUUAGUGGAUAGAGGGACCGACGAGCGUUCAUUUGUGACCCACGCAGCAGUGUCAGUGAUGAUGCUGUUGCCUUUUUCAAACAAAAAAGAAGGAAACCCCUCUUCUAAUUAUAAUAGUUACAAGCAAUGAAGUACAACAAUAUAAAUGGAUAAAAAAACAUAAGAAAGCAACUGGCGUGGCGGGAGAGCGCACAAACAUAAAAGAACAUAGUAUUAUUAAUCGCCUCGUACAACCGUGUGUAAGCUAUCCUAUGUAAAGCAAGCGUAUUAUCGUUUUUUUUUUUAACUUGUAUGUUUAUUUGUUUAUAAUUUGCUAGCUAGCCGUAAGUCGCCGUGCAAACAAACUGCAAAAACCAAUUAGCUGUAAGUCAUCGACAAGGAGCAUAUUCCUCGGUUUUUAGUUCAAAAUUUACUACACACUAUCGCAGUUUGCUUCCGUUUCUGUCCCCAGCUGGGGGCUUUCGUGUAAGUGUUUUUAAAUUUUCUUAGUUUACUUCUCGCAAGCACUUGUGAGCACGGCAAAUGGUUUCGUUGUCAUUUGUUUUAAACAAAAAAAAAACACACGUUUGAUCCUUUAUUGCUUAUUAUGUAUUGUUUUGAGAUGUACGCGUGCGUCAAACCCAUCUUGGUCAACAAACUAUAUUGUGUAAGUAGCUGUGUAAGUAAAUCGAAACGAAUCGAAGAGCGAUUGUCGCGCAACAUGUUUCAACAUUUUGUCUCAAAUAUAUGAAUGUUCAAA